AGAAGAAGCGUGCGCAGUGCUGCCACACGCCAGCUUGUUUCUGUCGGACACUUUUCUAUGUGACACAAAACAACCAGGAGCUGGAGAAUUUGAAGGACUUGGACCGUUGGGUGUCAAAUGAGUAAAAUAGCAAGUGUAUUUGAUAAAUGUAUCCGGAAGAAAAGUGUUUUAGCUGAACGUGUCACAUGAAGGUUAGCUUGCAUGCUAACGAGAUGCUCAACCCGUCCGGCGGCUCCGCAGAUGAGCCCAAAUCGGCCGUGGUCCAGCCGAGGAUAGCCCUGUACCAAGGCCCCACAGGAGGACACAAGACCAACCUGUACCAAGGCCCCAGAGGAGGACACAAGACCAACCCCAUCAGCGUCAUUCUGGUUAGCUCUGGAAGCCGAGGGAACAAGCUGCUUUUCCGCUAUCCUUUCCAGAAAGUCGCCGAGUGCGCGACGUCGCAUGCAGCAAAACAGCGGAAUCGCUAUGCACUGAACACAACAGCGGAAGUUGAAGACCAAGAUGGAGAUUCAAGGUUCUCUGACAUCAUCCUGGCCACCAUCCUGGCCACCAAAUCAGACAUGUGCGGCAAGAAGUUUGAGCUGAAGAUCGACAACGUUCGAUUUGUGGGUCACCCGACUUUGCUUCAGCAUCCUCACGUCAUUCAGGUGUCUAAAACCGAUCCUUCGCCAAAGAGAGAGAUGCCCACCAUGAUCCUAUUUAAUGUGGUCUUUGCAUUAAGGGCCAACGCCGACCCCUCCGUCAUCUGCUGCAUGCACAACCUUUCCCGCCGCAUCGCCAUUGCACUGCAGCACGAGGAGCGCCGCUGCCAGUACCUGACCAGGGAGGCCAAACUCAUGCUGGCCGUGCAGGACGAGAUCACCACCGUCACGGAAACUGACGAAAGUCCACAGUCGCCGUUCAGGCAAAUUCUCCCCAAAUGCAAGCUGGCCAAAGACCUGAAGGAGGCGUUCGACAGCCUGUGCACCACCGGGGUGGUGCGACUGCACAUCAACAAUUGGCUGGAGGUGAGCUUCUGCUUGCCGCACAAGAUCCACCGUAUUGGAGGCAACUACAUCCCACCUGAGGCGUUAGAGCGCAGCCUGAAGGCCAUCAGGCCCUAUCACGCACUGCUGCUGUUGGAAGGUGAGAAGGCACUACUGAGCCAACUUCCUGUCGACUGCUCCCCCGCCAUGAUGCGCCUGAUCAAGACGUGCUCGGCGGUGAAAAACCUCCAGCAGCUGGCCCAGGACACAGACCUGGCCUUGCUUCAGAUCUUUCAAAUAGCCGCCCACCUGGUGUACUGGGGCAAGGCCAUCAUCAUCUACCCUCUGUGUGAGAACAACGUCUAUAUGUUGUCUCCUCACGCCAACAUCCACCUAUGCUCCCCUCAGGCUGAACAGUUUUCUGAGAAGUUCCCUGGUCACGAUCUUCCUUCCAUGUUGGCAAAGUUGUCGCUGCCUGUCUCACUGGCUGAGUUCAGGAACCCUCUGGAGGCUCCUGCACAGGAGGCCCAGCUGAUCCAGAUGGUGGUGUGGAUGCUCCAGCACCGCCUGCUCAUCCAGCUGCACACCUACGUCUGCCUGAUGGUGCCACCUGUCAAGGACCAGCCCGCGUCCAGGGAUGAUGAUGAGGAUGAUGACCUCCCGCUGACCUCCAGGGUCGGGGGUCAAAGUCUAAGCACCCCGACAGCCCUGAGCUUUGGAUCACCGACCAGCAGUGACGACAUGACCCUGACCAGCCCAAGCAUGGACAACUCCAGCGCUGAGUUGGCACCAGGUGGAGAUUCUCCUCUCAACAAGAGGAUCCUCUUGACCGAGACACUUUGGGCCAGCCUGUCAGACUACGAGAGACACUUCAUUCUCAACAUCCCCUCUGCUCACAACCAGGAAGACCUCACCAUGUUUACCAGGCUGCUGCACUACUUCCGGGGCCACCACCACCUGGAAGAGAUCAUGUACAACGAGAACAUGCGGCGCUCGCAGCUCAAGACGCUGUUGGACAAGUUCCGCAGCGUCCUGGUGGUGACCAAUCAUGAGGAUCCUAUCAUUUCCAUCUUUCAGUCGCCCACGGAGUAGACACUUUGGAGGCUUCAGCAGCUAAGUUUCCUUCAUAAAGGUGGAGGAAAGAAUCCUCAACAGACGUGCGACCAGACGGUUGGACUCGGGUGGUGGACAACACGGUGCUUCAAAGCCAAUCCGGGGUGGAAACUGUUUCGGCUGUGACCAGCCUGGUCACUGGAGUCGUGACUGUCCGAACAUUUCCGAACAGGAAAUGUUCCGUAGUGCCAACAAACGAACACAAAAGCGUGGCAAAGGACGCCCACAGCAGGAGCCCCAGCAGGAGAUACAGACUGGCCCCCUGCUGGACAUGAGUGUCAACGGACAAUGUUAUCAGUUCGUGAUUGACACUGGCGCCACCCAUUCGAUUCUGAAUGCAGAGGUACCAAAGAAACUGUGUGCUUCCUCUUUAAAGGUCGAAGGCUUCGCUGGGGUCACAAGAAGGUUACCUGUCACCAAACCACUUCCGGUUCAGAUUGCUGGACCUCCUUUACAGACUGUACCCUGACAUUCAAAUCGCAAAGAAGGAACAUUCCUGGUGUUACCUGUCGGCUCAACCACCCAGCUGCGACACCACUACCAAGACUCCUCCAUGAGCUCAUACCACAGCCUGAAACAACAGGAAUGGCUGACAUCCAACUGCUCUAGCGGUGAAAACCCUGGCUGACUGAGAUGCUUCCGUGUGUUCUGCCACCCGACUCGCCAUAUGUUAUGAUUAUUUAUGUAUGUUGGAACUCAAGGUGUGGCUGCUCAUGUUGACCUAUCUUUGCAACAGCUAGCAUGGUAUAAGAUGGACACAAUUGAUGUCCCACAUUGUUCCCUUGCUCUCUGUCUCGCCUACAAAACCAAAGAACUUAGGUCCAAUGAUAAGACACGGCGUAGCUGCCAAACAUUACACCGACACCCAAAUACCACAUUUUCAAUUGUUUAGGUUUAGCACAUAGUUGUGUUAAACACAUAACUAUGGGCUGCACUUUAGACACCUGUAGGCUACGAGGAGCUAGCAGCUACACAACAGCUGAGCUAAAACGACACAUUACACAUUUAAGCAUAUCAAAUAAUUAUAGUUGCUCAUUACAUACACAUAGUUGCCAUGGCAGAAGUCUGAUAGAAAGUAUUCAGUAACAAACGUGUCCGCAUCAUUCAACUUUCUACAACAUGAGCUUGACUUAAUUAAUUAUUGGGGGCACCAGGUGUGGUAAAAUUUCAAAAUACUAUUGCUAAAGCAUCCGCCAUAAGGGUAGUAUUUUUCUAGUAUUGGUGACAAUAUAAAUAUAAGCAUAUUUUGUUACUUUCACCAUAUUGAAUAAGUUACAUAAAAGUUAGGGUUUAGUUGAGUUUGAGUUAUUUGUGAUAUUGCUAAGGGGUCCCCUACCCUAACACCACCCCCCAGUGGACCAUAGAGGCUGAAGAGACAAUCAUUGACCUCAAACAUGACCUGCCCUCCGCUACUUGACUAUUAGCUGACCUUUUUCUUAGAUGUUUCUGAAAGUGAUAGUAUGACUAACACAGUCCUUUUUUCAGAAACAGAAGGGGGUGAGUGAGGGUGGAUACAGACUCCUUGGAACAAAAUCGACAAUCAUCCGACUCUGACACAUUCCAUACUUUUAACAUCCAAUCCAUGACUAAAUGUAGUUAGGGUUAGUUAAUAAGAGGUUAUUAAUGACUGUUGAUUGAUGACUAGUGUGUGUUAGCGUCCACACUGACUCCUUCAGGUCUCGCAAAGUCUCUCCGCCUCCUUAUUCACCACGCUAACGCAAGCGUUGCCACGGAGAUAAAACCUCAGCGGCUUCUUGGCCCACUCGCCGUGUGACUGGAUGCCGACACGUGGCGCCGACACCAUCUCAUCAACUCCUGGGGGGGAGUCCGUGUCUUCCAGCCACACUUCCGAGUGGCACGCCAUGUCCUGACGGUCCAAGCGGCGUUGGACGUCAAGAGCCUGGCACAGCUUGGAGGGCCCGUUGCACAGCUCUUUGUCCUUGAGCGGCCGCGCCCCGUCUUUGCGUUUGGACGCCCUCAGCUGCCUCAUGACUGCGUGGCCCUGCAGGGGCUCCAGGGAGCGCAGCAGCACGGCGGCCCCAUCGCCUGUGCAACACACAAAUGCUGAGCCAAAGCCCUUUUUUCUGGCUUCAGCACCUGCCCCCCAAAAUGUCUGAACAUGUGCCUGUGUCUAAACCACUACUGUCUAAAAUGUCUGAACAUGUGCCUGUGCCUACUGUCUAAAAUGUCUGAACAUGUGCCUGUGUCUACCCACUACUGUCUAAAAUGUCUGAACAUGUGCCUGUGUCUACCCACUACUGUCUAAAAUGUCUGAACAUGUGCCUGUGUCUACCCACUACUGUCUAAAAUGUCUGAACAUGUGCCUGUGUCUACCCACUACUGUCUAAAAUGUCUGAACAUGUGCCUGUGUCUACCCACUACUGUCUAAAAUGCUGGGGGCUUUUGUUAAUACAUCUCCUUCUUCCACUUCCACGCUCACCUUCGCUCGACACGUUCAUGCACAGGUAGACGCCGUAGAUGGGAUAAACGUAGAUAGUGCCGGGCUUCAUGAACAUGGCCGUGUUUCUCCUGGUGCGUUUGCCCCCCGCCGAGUGCGAUGCCUUGUCCUCGCCUCCCAGGUAUGCCUCCGUCUCUACCACCCGUCCUCUCAGCUCUGUGCCGUCAUCAAGCCUGCGGACCAGCACCUGCAAGGACGCAUAACGUGCAGGUAAGUGGCUUUGAGAGAGAAAAACCACUAUGUCCAACUAUAGCGGGGUCGGCAACCCAAAACCUUGAAAGAGCCACAUUGGACCAAAAAUACAAAAAACAAAUCUGUCUGGAGCCGCAACAACAUGAAGAGUCUUAUAUAAGUGUUAUAAUGAAGACAACACAUGAUGUAAGUGUCUAUAUUAGCCUACUAUCAAAAUGACUUUAAAAGUCUUAUAUAAGUGUUAUAAUGAAGACAACACAUGAUGUAAGUGUCUAUAUUAGCCUACUAUCAAAAUGACUUUAAAAGUCUUAUAUAAGUGUUAUAAUGAAGACAACACAUGAUGUAAGUGUCUAUAUUAGCCUACUAUCAAAAUGACUUUAAAAGUCUUAUAUACGUGUUAUAAUGAAGACAACACAUGAUGUAAGUGUCUAUAUUAGCUAUAUUAGCCUACUAUCAAAAUGACUGUGUCGCAGGCUGAAGCAAAUCUUGGUUGACAGAAAUGUUGAAAUGUAAUAUUUAUUCUACACAUUUUUACAACAUUAGAAAGCAUUAGUAAAUCAGAGGCUACUCAGAGGGUGAGAGAACUCCUGGAAAUGACUGUCUUUUAAUGGCCAAAGACAUAGAUGUGUGUGUCCAACUUAAAGGAAAUGUCUUCUUCUAAUGGAUUUAUUACAAUCUUUGCAAGCUGGGUAAUGUUUGCUGUGGUCUGGAACAACAUGGCACACAAACAACUAUCUGAAAUACAGCCAAUAUCACACACAGAUAAUGUGUCAUGAGAAAUACAAAACUAAAUGAUAUACACUGAGGACAUAAGUAAAGCAUAUUAAAUUGAGCUCAAAUAUAGCUACAAAUGAGGCAUAAUGAUGCAAUAUGUACAUACAGCUAGCCUAAAUAGCAUGUUAGCAUUGAUUAGCUUGCAGUCAUGCACUGACCAAAUAUGCCUGAUUAGCACUCCAACAAGUCAAUAACAUCAACAAAGUUCAACUUUGUGCAUUCAUGCACAGUAUAAAAUGUUUGGUGGACAAAAUGAGACAAGGAGUGGAAGAUUUUACAUGUAAACAAACAGUUGCGUCACAGUCCACACUAUGGUGAGUUCAAGAAUUGCCAAAAUGAGUAGGACAAAAGGAUGUUGAGGAUCAGUGAAGCAGACACACAAACAUAUUCAACAGUGGUACUUCUAACAUUUGUGUCAAGUUUGUCCUCAAACACAAAACACACUAAAACUAAACAAAUAUUUUCCCCCCAUCUUUUUCCAUUUUCAAUCCUUUUUUAAAAAUGCUCCAGGGAGCCACUAUGGCGGCAAUGCCUGGUGGGAUACACUGUUGUCAUCUUUGACUAAUGGUUGUAGUGUAGUAGAUCAUAUAUUCAUGUUUACAAGCAACAGGUGAGAUGAGUUGAAGAUACUGUAGACUAGUAGAUGAAAUAUGAAUAA